CAUACACACAAAAUCUUAGGGCUAGCCAAGUUCCAAGCUUUACCACAUAGCCUCUCCCUUCAUCAAAUCUCUCUCUAAAAGAAGUCUUUUUACCCUUUUUCUUCUUGUUUCCCAAUGUAAUAACGAUUUCUGUUUUUUUUGGUAGCCCAAGAACAACCCGCGACGUAUUUGUACCACUUUUUUUUUUUCUUUUUUCUUUUUAUUUUCCAUUCUAAUAACGAUAUCUGUUUCAUUUGUUAGCCCAAGAACAACACGCGACAGCAAAAUAACAAGAAAGUUUUUUUUUCUCUUGCUAAAGGACCAUUGCCUUUAUCAAAACCUGGCUAGAGAAAGGCUAGCGUUUCCUAUGCAUAAUAGGAAUUGGGUUUUCCUAGUUGGCAAAGAUACUGGUUCACUCUGGCCGCCGCAACAGAUUUAAAGCAUUCUCACACCUCUAGGAGGGUGUGGGGUGAUAACGAGGGUGUGAUAUUGCUUUGUGUUUUAAGGCGAUCAAGAUCAUCUUAUGCUUGGAGACUGUGCCAUGUUUCAAAGGGUUUGUCUCUUGAUUUUGGCUAAGGUUUGCUAGCUUUCUGGAAGUUUGUUGGUAGUUGAAGAUAGUCAGGUAUCAGUUCUAGGCUCUAGGAGUCUGGAUGUUAAGAAACAGAAAUAGUAUGGUUGUUUACUGAUAGCAUUCUUUAUUCAAGUUUAGGCCAAUUGUAGAUGUAGCUCGCGUUAGUAUUGUUACAAUGGUUAGGUUCUCAUGCUUCAAUGCUCACAUCCUUCCUCACAAACCGAAGAAAACAGCCCACCCUUUUGCUGAAGCAAAGCAUAAGAGCUUGGAAGAUUUUUCUCAAAUUCAAGCUCCUAAGGCAUUGACUAACACUUCAAGCUUAGUACUUCCAAAUGCACGAGUAGAUGCUCAAAGUUGGAAUGGUAUCAGGGGUGUGACAAGCUCUGAUGUAUCUGUUGGACAAAGCUGGAUUUCAGACAAAAUUGAGAACAAAAUCAAUGUCAAGAAUGACAUAGGAUCCCAUCAGACAAGGCUUAUUAGGAAAAGUCAGUCUCUCGGGAGUGGAUUAUGCCUCGAGGGAAGGGAUCUAUGUGACAAUGAUACUGAGGAGGAGAUAGAUCAAGGAGUAUAUAGUGAUUACCUUGAUCAAAAUGUGUUACUUAGACCAAAUGGCAGCAAGGAUUCAGGAAUAAGUCCAACUAGUGAGGAUAUGAAAGCUCAGCAACUAGAAUCUGUUAAUAAGAGUUCUGAAUUUGUCAAGAAGGAAUCCAUAUUCUCAAUUGGUGAUGCUCAGCAUUCUGAAAAUGAAGGCCCUGAAAAUUCUGAUACUCCAUUAUCUGGUGGAGGUGGUAAUGUCUCUGGUGACCAGUCACCUCACAGCCAUCCCAUCAUUGAAAAAGCAUGUACUUUUUCAGACAUGGGCUCUUGUGCACCGACUUUUCAUAGACAUUCUUGUGAAUAUUUAGCACCUCGGUCAAGAUCCUCUGAGGACCUCAAUGCUCUAGACUUGAGGUGGAAAACAAUUUCAAUUCAUGGGAAUGAAACUCAAAAAAUGAAAGAAAAAGAAUGGGAUGUUAAUGUGCCUAAAACUGAGGAAAACAAUUCAGAAAGUUGUCUUGAUGAAGGUUUUGAUCUUUAUAAUUACUCAGCUUUGGCAAAGGACUGGAUAAUGCCAGUUAUAGACGAAGUGAACCUGGCAAAAAAUCUCCAAGGGGAAUCCUCCACUCAGCUGUGGGAAGAAUUGCCGAGUAAGGAUUUUAAAAUGAAGCGUAUCGUGGACUGGGUAAACAAACUUCAACAUUAUGAUUCUUUUGAAGAAACAAAUGGAUUGCCUGAUGCCGAUGACCCAGUUGAGGGAGAUUCCAAUGAUUUGAUUUCUGCCAAGGUUGAUAAGAAGGACACUCCUGGUAUAAAAGCUGCUAAAAGAUACAUCUCUUCUCUGAGUGUCUCUGCUACCACAGCUCAUAUGUCAGACCUUGGGCUGGAAGUGAUCCCAUUUCUUACUGUAUUUGGUAGCCUGAGGGUGCUUAAUUUAUCAGGAAACUCUUUUGUAAGAAUGUCGGCUGGUGCCCUCCCUCGAGGACUUCGUAUGCUGAAUUUGUCAAGAAACAAUAUUUCCACCAUUGAGGGUUUACACGAGCUCACCCGCCUCCGUGUACUGGAUUUGAGCUACAAUCAAAUAUUCAGAAUUGGACAUGGUCUGGCAUCGUGUUCCUCCCUGAAAGAGCUAUACUUGGCUGGAAAUAAAAUAAGCGAGGUAGAGGGUCUCCACCGUUUGUUGAAACUGACCUUGCUGGAUCUGCGUUUCAACAAAAUCUCUACCGCUAAAUGUCUGGGCCUACUUGCAGCUAACCACAGUUCCUUGCAAGCCAUCAGCUUGGAAGGAAAUCCAGUGCAGAAAAGUGUUGGAGAUGAACAACUCAAGAAAUAUCUACAAGGCCUUCUUCCCCAUCUGCUUUACUUCAAUCGGCAGUCAAUUAAAGCCAGCACUUUGAAGAACUUGGUCCAUCGAUCAGUUAGGGUAGGCAUCAAUGCCCAUCAAUUUGAUCGUGGCCUCAGGUCAGAGAGCAAAGCUGUGAGAAAGGUUAGCCAUGGUCUAGCUGGUUCAAGGCCAUUACCUUCAUCAACUCAUGUUCGUAAAAGUCAACCUUUGACCUCAACUAAACGGUCAAGUGGAAGGCAUCUCCGCUCACAACCAAGUAGAACCCAAUCAACAACAGGCCAUCAUCAUCAUUUCAUUGAUCCUGGUAGCAAACUCCUGAACUUUAGAUCGGAGUUCUUAGUUCAUAGGAGUCAAAGUGAGGGGACUCUGAUAGCGUUCUAAGAGAUUUUCUAUUAUGCUUUCCGAAGUCUGGUUAGUACAUUACUUUGUGUGGACGUACGGUUUUCUGUCAUUAUUUGUUACUCAAAGCAGUAGAGGUUGUUGUCAAAGAACCGGCCUCUUAAUAGAAUGGUAUAUGAGAAUCAAGUUGCAGCUUGAAAAUGGCUCUAAUGUGAUGGAGAACGGAAGGCAAAUAUACAUUUUA